AUGUUAGUGCCGCCAUCCCAAGAUUUCCUUUUAUCAGGUCUUGAGAAUCUUGGCGGCACAAACGGGGUUGAAAGUCAAAUCCGGCAGUUCUUUACCUUCUUGUUGGAUAAAAAAGAAUAUGUAGAAAGCCAUGAAAUUCAAAAUUGGUUUUCAGCAGACUUUUCUUAUUUCCUAAGAAAGCUAAAAGCAAUAAGAAGUGAAAAUACAGAAAAUUAUCAAUGCUCUGUUUCAAUAUACAAUUCUUUCCUUAGCUUCAUUCGAGAUUACGGAAUUCGACCCAACUUUUUAAAAAUAAUAUCGAAUUUCUUUGAUAAACAAAAUUUCCUUAAUAUAGCCGCUUUCGAAUUCGAUAAUCCAUUACCAAAUGACGAAUGUUUAAAUGAUAUUGAAAACGUUUUACAAACUUCAUACCAGAAAGAUGAGCGUAACAGCAUCCAGUUUAUUCUCCUUCUGUUUUCUACCCAUGUUAUCCAUGCAAUUAUCAAAUACGUCCAAGAAGAUGAAGGAAAUGAUUCGUCUUUGAUACAUUACAUUAAGAUUAUAAGGGUGAUAUUCCCAUUUGUAUCGAAAACGAUUAAUUCUUAUCUGAUUACAACGACUUACAAGCUCAUUUUUGAUAAAAAAUUAAAGGCGAAUUCGAAUUUCCUUCAAAUCCUUGAAUUCAUCGAACAAUUCUCAGUCUUCAAAGUGGUAUCUGCUGAAGAUAUAAUAGUUUACCUCUUCAAGAUCCUCGAAACUAACUAUUCUUACGCUGGGGAAAUAAUCACAAAAGUUCUGGUUUUUUAUUCUCAAUCGAACAAUGAAGAAAUCCUUCUUGAAAUACAAAAACAAAUACAGAAUUCCCUUUUGAGCACUUCGAAUCCUAUGGUUUUCGUUUCUGUUCAUUCAUUAAUGAAAAAAUACAAACCAACAAGGCUUUUUACAAUGGAUUUGAUACCAAAACUCAUAUCUGAUACUAGAGUUGAAGAUGUUAAUGUCAAAACAUCAAUAAUUAAACGAGCAAUCAAAUAUUAUGAAUUUAAUCAAACAGAUAUCGCAAAUGAGAUGAUCAAAUCACAUUUCCAUUCAUCUAAACUCGAAAUUUACUUGAUUGAGAAGGUAGACAAGUCGAUUGCAGCAGAAUUAUUUAAAUUAUUCUUAGAAAACGCUACAAAUGAAGAAUUGAUCGAGAUAAAGUACUCAGACAAGAAUAAUGUCUUAGAAUCCCUUAUUAUUAGCUCAUUCGAAACCGUUUCCGGUCCUCAAUUACAAAUUUUAAUCAGAUUGAUGACAAUUGCUAAGCUUAAUGGGCCAAUAUGCACAUUCAUAGAGCGAUCAUACCAAUCCGGCAAGAACUACCAGCUCGCUGAUAACUUUAAGCCACUUUUAUCCAACAUUAAAGAAAGAACAACUUUCAAACUCCUUUUCGGCAUAGUUUGCGACCACAUGACCUCCGGGGAAGACAAUGAAAUACUCCAUUAUGCAGCUUUCUUCCUACGAGACUGGAUUUUGGCCGGAGAACCGAGUUGGUUAUCAAAAAUUAUUGAACCACUGUUCAUGUUAGAGAACAUUAAGAUCACAGAUGCGAUUCCCUCAUUUUUAGAUGCCAUUUUCGAAAGGAUCCCGCAGCACACGAGGACUUUGAACUUCUUAUUCAAAUUAAUCGAACAAACCGUCCCCCAAAAGUACUGUUUCUGGCUUAUCGAUAGCGUAAUGAGGGAACUCAGGCAGGACAGGACCAAUUCCAGGGAAAUCGGAAUGUUUAUGGACAUAUUACUUGAAUUAUUAGAAAAUCCAGCAACAAGAACCUGCGCAAUCGACAUGUUAUACUACACAUCAUGUAUCAAUGCCGAUUCCAAGGAGAACAACUGUUGCGGAGUUGUCAAAGACCUUGUUUUCGAACACAGAGAGAAAUUAUUGAACACGAAAAUCAUAAUUAACCAAUGGCACACAUGCAACAGGAUUUUCCUUACUGUAUCAAGGCUAUACCCUGUUCUCAAGCACUACAAUAUAACAGUGGACAUGCCAAAUGGAAAAGAGAAAACGUUGAACCAAAAAGAGCCAAUUUUCGCUUUGCCAAUUUCCGAAAACAGCGAAAUCAGAAUGAGAAUCUCUAAUAACGAUAGGACAGAGAAUACCCAGAAGCCUCCGGAAAUGACAUCAGCAUCAAUUGCGAUGAUUGCGUCAUUGUUUGAGACGAAUUACCAAAUCUUGGAAAAAUAUGCAAAAGAAAAUUACAAAAUCCAAUGUAUUCUUGUGAUGAUGGGUCUUUCCGAGCGAUUCUUUAGUGAAAACACUAUAAGUUCCCAGUCAAAUCUCAUUUAUCCUUAUUAUAUUAAUUAUUUGGUCAACAACAAACCGAAUGAGCUUGAUUUGACACAUGUUUUAGAGUUACUAGGUGACAACUAUUUCGACCCGAUUGCGGCUGCUACAAUAUCUCAAUCAUUGCUCUCAUUUAAAUCAAAAGUUCAAAUUUCUCUGUCACUUUUUAAAAAAUUAAUUUUCAAUGAUUACCAGUGCGUCAGGGAAUUGACAGGCAGCAUUGUAGAUUACAGUAAUAUGCAGGAUGUACUAGUAGGAAUGAUACACGAGACAUGGAAACCUCCUUUCCGAGAAAAAUCUGAAGAAUUUUACGAAAUUUUGUCAACUUUUGACAUUCCGAACCUAAUUUUUGCCGAAAACAUCAAAGACUUAGAUCCUUAUGAAGACGGAUCCAAUUUCGACACUGCUUUCGUUGGUUUAUUGACUAAUUUAGAUCCAUCAGAAAAUAAUUUCGAAUUAAUUUACCAAAAAGUGUUUUCCAGACCUGUAUCCGAUAUACAGCGUUGUCCUUUCAUUGUCUCCCAGUUCGCAAGAAACGCGGCGUACGAAUGGCUUCUAAAAGAAGAAAAUCGAGAAUUUUUUGUCAACAAAUUAUUUUUGAUUCCUUUUAUCAAAGAAGAAGAGCAGACAACACUGGCGUACACAGGGCAUUCAGGUAUAAAGAACAUUGGUGCUACUUGCUACGUGUCUGUAUUGAUACAAUGCAUGAAUACGAUGCACAGAUUUGUUGAAAAACUCUUUUUAAAUAGUGAUAUUGAAAAAAUGUCACCUUUUGUUCAAAAAUUGAGAAAAUUAUUGGCAUCGAGUAGAUUUAUUCGCGGUAAAACAAUUGAUCCGAGUGAGAUGCUCUAUGAAAUCAAAGACUUCUCAGCGCAAACACAACAAGACGCCGUUGAAACAUAUUCAUCGUUUAUUAAUAAAAUUGAUGAAUUUGACAAAACAAUUUUAGAUCCAAUAACAGGGAAAAUCGAACGAACAAAUAUGAGUGGAGAUGUAACAAUUGCCGUAAAAGAAGAGCCGUUCUAUUAUUUGAGUAUAAGAACAAGAUCUGUUACUUCUUUACAAGAUGGAUUGAAAAGAGCUUUUACUCCUGAAAUAAUUCCUAAUUAUCAUAUGUCUAAUGGAGAAAUAGGAGUAAUGAAAACAAGAUUCUUUGUCUCAAAAUGGCCAAUGUAUUUACCUUUCGUUCUGCAAAGAUACGAAUUCGAUAAAAAUCUUGGUUCAAGAAUAAAAUUGACACAUCGCAUUGAAUUUCCGAUCAUUUUAAGAUGUGACGAAAUAGAGAAAAUUACUGGGUCGAGGCCUCCUGAAGACUAUGAAUUAUGUGGAGUAAUAGUUCAUUCAGGAACUGCUCAAUCCGGGCAUUACAUUGCGUUGGUCAAUUCCAACAAUGUUUGGUACGAAUGCAACGAUGGAGAUAUUUUCGAAAUUGACAUCACGAAAAUUUCGGAAUUGGCGUUUGGAACGAACGAUCCAACGGAGAGGAAAGGCGAAACUGACGUUGUAUCGAAGACUGCCUAUAUGUUAUUCUACAGGCAAAGAACAGAAGAAGCUAUGAACAACAGAGUUGGUGUUGAAGAUUUAUUGACAAAACAAAUUGAAGAAGAAAUUGACAAAAAUUGGUCAAAUUUCAUUUACAAUUCCAGUGAUUUGUGUUCGAUGAUUUACGACAAAUUCAAAGAGAAUGCACAAGAUGAGAACAUAAACAUCUUGUUCUUCACAACAAUCUUCAAGAUAUACUCUUCAAAACCAUCAAUUGCUUCUUCAAGAUUAAAUAGAAUUCCAACUGAUGAUUUGACAGUUAAUUCUUUCUUUAAAUUCAUUGAUAAAGUGAUAAAUGUCCAUAUGAUGGAUAUUUUCGAUACUCCUGUCAGUGAAAACUUUUCAAGACUAAUAACUACAUUCCUACAAAAGGAAUCAGAUAUUUCUCAUUAUUCAAUAAUCGUCAAAUAUUGGACAAUGAAAUCUCAUGACGAUAAAAAUGUCACUUUUAUUUUAAAGAUGAUGAAAAAGAUGCUUGAAAUAGAGGACACAGAUUGGACACCAUUUUAUGAAAGCCUUGUAAAUUGCAUAAGAAUUUUGUCUGAUUUAGUUAAAAAUGACAAACAUAGAACAACAAGUUUGUAUCCGAAGACAUGUUUGAGUUUGAUCAAUGUUUUAACAAAUAACAUGGACAACCAGACAAUUGUAAGAGUUCUAUGCGAACUGUCAAUGCAAGAAAUAUUCUUAGUAAUUCUAAAACUCGUCAAAAAAGAAGAUCAAUUGUCACUUUUUGUCAAAGAAAUCAUUGACAAAUAUCCUGAAAUUUUGAUAGGAAUUCCAUUACCUGAAUUUGUUUAUAAGAUUAUAGAAGAGUCGAUUAAGCUUGAAGAUAUACAAAACUACAAUUCAGAGCUUAAAGAAAUAUGUCCUUCUUGUUAUGAUGGAAUUAUUUUGAGAGCGAACAGAUGUUUACAUGAAAACAUGUUGAAUACGACGAAUUACAAGGAAGGACUUCUUAAAUUAUCAGCGAGAGCAUUGCUUCUAAUGGAUAAGAAGCAGAAACCAAUGACUGCACAACAGAAUAUCUACAAACCAGUGAAUAAUUACCAACCUCCUCCGCCUCAAAAUAACCAACAAAAUUAUCAAAUUCAGAUGAUGAAUUCUGUUCAAUAUCAACAAGCUUUGCAACAGCAACAACAGAUGUAUCAGCAACAGCUGUUGUUUAACCCACAGAUCAGACAGAUGCUGAUGCAAAAUGCUCAACAGAAUCAGCAGAGUCAAUUAAUUCAACAACAACAAAAAAUGCUGUCUCAAAUGCAAAUGUACCAGCAACAGCAGCAACAGUUAAUGAACCAGCAACAAAUGAUGAAUAAAAAUGAAGAAAAUCUUCAGAUGAAAGGUUACGUAAUUGAUGAAUUUCCAUCAGAAAAACCUUUCUCUGUUGAAAUGUCUACAAAUUUGGAAAUUUUCAAACCAGUGAAAAAUGUGAAAAUUUCAACUCCAAAUUGCCAGUUGCCCGAAAAUUAUGAAGCAGGAAAUUAUUCAGCAGAUGGAUCGCCAAUUGCUAUUGAACCAGCACCGGCUUUGUGCUAA